UUGUCAUCAUAACAAUCAAAUGGCGCCGAUCUAAUGUCAGAGAAGCGUGUGUUAUUUUUUGUGACAAAGCGUACAGUUUUUGAUUAUCAUCAGAAAUAAGUGAAUAAUUAUGUCGCGAGACCAUAGAAAAGAUGGCAGAUUUUAUAACAGAGAAAGAGAAUGGGAUAGAGACAGGGAUCGCGAGCGUGAUAGGGAUCGUAAUCGGGACCGCGACCGGGAUUUGAGGGAUCCACGGGAUUAUAGGAGCCGUCCUAUGCAUAAACGAAGCCGUACUCCUCCACGAAGAGACGACAGUGACAAGCGAAGAAGCCGCUCACCUCGUGCCAAGAACGACAAAGAUCUCCUUGAUGAGAACAUACUGAGCGAGAUAUCGAAAUUACCUGAACCAAGUGAACUAUGGGACAAUCAACAGUUUCAAGAUAACGUAGGCUUCCAACAGCCGCCCCCUGGCUUUCCACCACCUGAGGGAGUACCACCAUUAGCAACAGCACCAAACUACAAUGCUAAUUACCAGCCUUCAUACUCUGGUAUCUAUGAUGACUUCCCGUCAGUGGGUGCGGUGCCUCAACCCCCAAUACCUCCAGACAUGUCCGCAUGGAACCAAAUGUCAUUGCCCCCACCACCUCAACAGCCACCAGCACCCUUCAUCAACAAUGUUGAAGACCAGAUCAAGAAAGAAGCUGCAAUCGAAUCGGAAAUGCGACAUCAGAAAGCGGCAUUGUCCAAACAGAGGGAAGAUUACAUAAAGAAAGCAAAUAUACUCAAGAAGGAGAUGGAGACAUUGAAAGAUCAACGGAACGAACUACGAGGCGACGCGAAACGAUCGCCGAGCCCAGACACCAAGAGGUUUUUGAAGGAAAACACCAAGUUACAGUUGGAGAUACAGAAUAAGUUGAAGACUAUCUACAAUGUUGUGGACAUGCUCAACGGCAUCAUUGGCGAGGAAGCGCACGAGAUUGCCGACGAGGACAACGACAACGCGUCCGAACGCAACUCCAAAAGGAAAUCUAGGUCACCAUCGAAUAAGAAAUUCAACUAUGUGUACUACGAUCCUGAGAUGCACUGGUGCCGCGUCUGCAAUGAGUUUCCACCGACUGCUAAGGAUUACCUGAACCAUUUACACUCUCCUGCGCAUCACAAGAUGGCCGCAGCACACAUGGAAGCCCCGUGGCACACCGUAUCUGGCGUCAACGAAGGAUUCCCGAGCUUCCCUGCGGCGCCCACUAAACGCACACCUAUUAAAGGUCUACAAUUCUUCGUGCCCUCUACAGCGUGGUACUGCAAGCUGUGCGAUCAGUUUAUUGGCGAUCUCCAUUGUGCCUCUGCACAUCUCAAAUCUGUUGUACAUUCCAAGAACUAUACUAACUUCGUAGAACAAAACCCGCACUGGGAAACAGAUUGGAUGUCGGACCGUCAGAAAGCGUUCGAGAAGUCCCGGGCUAAUAAAGGCAAGUCCGAUGAAAAACCAGCUCAGUAUACAGCCCAUACCAUAACCUUCAACAAGGAUGGAUUCCAUACGAAGCAUAAAGAAUCUCCUGCCCCUCCAGAAGAGAAGAAAAAAAAAGAUAAAAAGAAGAAAAGUAAGAGAAAGAGUAGCAGUAGCUCGUCCAGUGAGUCUAGCAGCUCAGAUAGUGAGCCUGUUAAGAAGAAGAAGGCUAAAGCUAAAAAACAAAGGAGCAAAUUGGAAGGUCGGGACGACAAAACCCUGACAGAAUGGAUGUCCAACAUACAGAUGGACAGGCUGAAUGAUAAUGAUCGGAAACUGCUGGACACACUUAAAAGCAGAAUGAAGAAAGAGAAGACAGAUGAAGGCAGAUCACCCGACCGAAGUGAUAGGGAGCGCAACAUCGCAGAGUUAUCAAGAAAAAUGAGAGAGAGUGAACGUCGAGAAACUCGCGCCCGUGAGGACCGAGACCGACGCGAUGACAUGCGGCGCCGGGACGACCGAAGGGACGAACAGAGGGACAGAGAUACCACGCCCCGACUCGAUACCAAGAAACCAGAAAUCAGGAAGAUGCCCUUCAUAGGAAAAAUGCCUGUUUACAAGCAUUUGGGAAAGAAUUCCAAAACCGAGGAACAGAAAAAAGAAGAGCUGAAGAAGAAGGAGGAGGAGGAAACUACCAAGAAGAGGAGGGAGGAGAUGGAUGCUGAAAUACAGAAGAAGGUGGCGGAGUUCAAGGAGAAGAUAGCUCGCGCGCAGUUGGAGCGGCAGGCGCAGGUGGAGCUGGCGCCGCCCGCGCUGGCGCUGCCCACCGCGCUGGCCGCGCCCGCGCCCGCCAUGCCCUACCUGCCGCCGCAACCCACGCCCGCGCCGCCGCAGCUCAUGCAACAAACUCCGCAACCUCCGCAGCAGCCAACUCUACCUAAGGACUUCCAGGAUGCAUUGGACAUUAUAUUCCCAACGGAAGUAAAGCCAGAUCUCUCACAAGGAGACGGCUUGUUCCCAUUACCGCCUGGCUUCGUCCCAGGCCUCGGAGGAGUGAUGCCGCCCUUCCCGCCACUCCCACUCAUGCAGACACAGAUGACGCAAAUGUUCGGUUUCGACCUCAACGCUCCAUUGUUCCAACCGCGACCUCAACUCUACGACACUCAUGUGCCCCUAGUACCCAGCCCCAAGCCUCGGCCGCAACACAACAAGAAGAGACAGCAACAGCAACAGCAUAAACCUGACCAGAGGCCAAAACACGAACCACCUCAGAAACCUACAGAGGAAGAGAAGAAUGGAAAUAUUGCGAAAAAGAAGGAAGAAAUGGAUGAUCUAGCGAUGUUGGGUAUUGAUGCUUCGGAUGUAGGCUGCCUGUAAAGACGCUAUAGUUACUAUGAUAAUCAUCAUUGCCAAUACGUUUUGAAGCCAAAAUUUGUGAAAGCACCUAUUGUACACAAGUUGUCUAAUUAUGUAAUCUUAAUCCAAGGGACUGCUAGACAUUACACUUGCAAUUUUCAUAGUAUUAGCAUUGUUCAUCUCAUAAUAUCUUGUUGAUCUAGCAAGUAAAAGCCUACGACCAAGUAUAAGGCUUUAGGUUCAAUCCCAAGUUUGAAAAGUUACUGGGAUAUUAUAAUUUUAAAAUGUCAGUAGUUCUCAGAUUCUGAGCAAGACUUGAAUUGAGUUUGUCAGUAGACAUGUUUAACUUAGAACUCACACAUCACUAGCGUAAAGUGGGUGUACUAUAAGUAUGCCUCUGCUUAUUUACUUAUAUUAAAAUAAAUCCAUAAGAAUAUAAUUGUAUUGAAAAGCUCAAUAUUCUAUGGUUGGAUUGAAUUUUAUACACUACCUACCUUUUACAGUACUUACACUUAGAUCCUAUUAUAUCAAUUUGCAAUAAUUAUCUCUACGAGAAUUAGUUUAAAGGACAUCACUUAACUAGGCUUUUAUGAGCAUUUCUGUCAAUUAAUGUCAUGGGCUAAAAUCGGCGGGAAGGGAAGGCAUAGAAAUUGUAUGAAUUGAUUAAAAAAAAUAACAAUAUCACAAUUAAAAGUUUAGACUUGAAUGUAUUUUAUGGUAGAUGCAAGGAUAAAAUGGCAACUUAACUAAAUGUUUUAUAUAAGGACUGCUAUGUUUUCUUGUAUACAUAUUUUCAUGUAUUUUGUUAAGCUAUGUCUUAUAGUUUUAUCUGAUGACUAAAAGCUAUUAUCAAUUUGAUCCUUGUAUGUGACGGACUAAAAUCGUUUUGUAAUUAAGAUACUGUUGUUUAAUAAAUAAACGGUAAAAUUUAA